GGCGGCCGACGAGCUCGGUCACUCGGGGUCGGGAUCGCACAUACAUUUUCAUUCUGAUGAUUCCGAGGGCCUGGGAUCUGAGGAGGAGGAUGAUGGCUUCCCUUUGCAUUCGGAUGAGGAUUCGCCGAUUCAUCACCAUCUUCAUGAGGAAUCUUCGCCACCGGAGCACACUAUUCACUACGCCAAGAAUCAGCCCCCAAAUCCCUCGGUUUCGCAUGAGCAGCGGCCGAUGAAUCCGGAAAUUAUCCAUUUUGGCAGCGGAGAGGCCUCUUCUUCUUCGUCUUCUUAUAAUUAUUAUGGAUAUAAUUAUCCUCCGCCGCAGCAAAAUCCUAACUUUUAUCCUUAUAAUUAUGGUUACCCUUCAAAUUAUGGUGGUUAUGGUGAAAUGGGUGGGUACUUUGGGUCAGCUUCGCCUCCGGCGGGAAUGCCCCCAGCUCGAACAGGAAUGGGUCCCACUUCGCCGGUGGAAAAGGCGGCUCCUCCACCCCCGUCGCCGCCUAGGGUUUCUACUUGGGAUUUCCUUAACCCAUUUGAGACUUACGGGAGUUAUUUUGCACCGUAUACUCCGAGCAGGAGCUCAAAGGAUGUGAGGGAGGAGGAAGGGAUCCCUGAUCUGGAGGAUGAAGAGAAUGAGGUUGUGAAGGAAGUUUAUGCUGAUAAGAAGGCUGCUAGCUCUUCUGGGUCGAGCCCUGAUUCGAGUAAACCGGGUGUGAUUAGUGAAGUAGAAGAGGAGCUGCCGGAGCUCAAGAAGAGGUCGGUGGAUGCAAGUCCCAGUGAAGAGAAUGUGGCUACUGUAGUGGACAAGAAUGUGGUGGCUAAUGAGGUGAAGGAGCCAGAGGAGCAGAAGAAUGUGGCUGCAGUUCCUUUGAAGAGAUACCACAGUUUGCCUGAGGUUGUGCAGGAGGUCAAGUCGCAGUUUGAUAGGGCGUCAGAAUCUGCUGUUGAACUCUCCAAGAUGCUUGAGGUGGGGAAACAACCAUACAACAAGAGGAAUUCUGUGUAUAAAGUGUCUUCGAGGAUAAUUUGUGGUGCAAAUGCUCUACCGUCUUCAAAAGAUGAGUUCUUGGUGUUUGAAGAUGCUAAGUCUAUGGGUUCCGGUAAUCUUUCUUCUACGUUGCAGCAAUUGUACAUAUGGGAGAAGAAGCUUUAUGAUGAAGUUAGGGAAGAGGAGAAGAUGCGGGUAUGCCAUGAUAGAAAAUGUAGGAAGAUGAAACGCCUUGAUGAAAGAGGUGCAGAUGCUGAAAAGCUUGGUGCUACACUAGCAGAUGUCAGAAAAUUAUCAACUAAGAUAAGGAUAGCAAUUCAAGUUGUUGAUUCCAUAUCAAAUAAGAUCAGCAAGCUGAGGGAUGAUGAAUUAUGGCCACAGAUUAGUGAACUUAUCCAAGGGUUAAUGAGGAUGUGGAGUGUUAUGUUAGAAUGCCACCGGAUACAAUGUCAAGCCCUUUCUGAAGCUCAAAAUCUUGAUUCUUUCGCUUCUGGUGGAAGGAUCAGUGAUGCUCAUAUGGAAGUAACAAAACAGCUCGAACUCGAACUUCUCGAGUGGGUGACAAGUUUCUCUUCUUGGAUUAGCGCUCAGAAGAGCUACGUCAAGGCCUUGAAUGGCUGGCUUAUAAUAGGCCUUCGCUAUGUUCCUGAGGAAACCCCAGAUGGGCCCGCGCCUUUCUCUCCUGGACGAUUAGGAGCUCCUCCUGUGUUUGUUAUCUGUAAUCACUGGGCACAAACUAUGGAGAGAAUAUCGGAGAGUGAAGUAAUUGAUGCUAUGCAAGCUUUUGCUUCCAAUGUCCUUCAACUCUGGGAGAAGCACAACUUUGAGCAGAGGCAGAGGUUAAUGGCAAAUAAAGAUAUGGAUAGGACACUGAGGAUCAUGGAGAGGGAGGAACAAGAAAUGCGUAGGGCUAUCGAAGCACAAAACAAGAAAUUGGUUGUUGUCUCUGGCCAAGGUGGGCUUUCCCUCUCUGAACAUGCAGAAGCAAGCAACAACCUUCAAGGUAGUUUGAGACAGAUCUUUGAAGCUAUGGAGAAUUUCUCGGCAGCUACCGUGAAAGCAUAUGAGGAACUUCACGUGCGCGCUGAAGAAGAGAGAGCAGCAGCAGCUAGAGAAAAGGAGAAGGUUUCAUAGUACAUGUUAUUGUGACCUGCAUCAUAGCAUGAAGAAGGCAGUUCAGGGUCAGUGUUGCCCCUUGCUAGAUGAAGAGCCACAGCGGAAUGGUUCCAUAGCUCAAGCUGAUUACCAUCAGGAUCUUGAGCACUGAAAGCGCUUCUGUGACCAAUAUUAAUCAGAAAUAAAACAUCAUAUAGCAAAGUCUCAGCAGUUCUUCAUGAAGCUACUUUCUACAUUUGGUGCUUAUUUCUACAUGAACUACCAACGAAUAUGUGCGAGUUAAUAUGUGGAAUGUGGAUCAAAAGUCACGUAUUGCAACAACUAGCUAUUCUGUUCUCGCAUGUGGACUGGAUCGUCGCAACUAGCUAUUCUGUUCUCACACGUGGACUGGAUCUAAGAAUCCAAUCGCUGAAUUCAGCACUCAGCAAGGUGAGAAAUAAACUGAGGACAAUGAGUUCUGACCAAAUCAGUGACAUGAAAUUUGGGAGAAGAAGGAAAGAAGUGGCACAGGGGGCUGCUGGUAAAAUGAUUAUGAGCUAUAUUGAAGGUGCAUGUGGAAGAAACUGCACGAAUAUAAGGCAUCUUAACAGCUGUAUGAUUCUCCAACCGUAAUUGGACAUACAGAAUCAUUAUGAUGGUUGCUGUUGGGAGAAAUUCCUGGUCAGAUUAUUUAUUUUUGAGGCAGAAAAUCAGCGGCAACCCCUGUAGAUGGAGCUGAUGAGCUAUCAAGGUUAAUAUUGAUAUUUGUUUCGGAGAUACACCUCAUGUAUAUUUAAUUUCAGCGGGCAUUGUUGUGAAAUAUUUACGUUGGUCUUCAUUGUAUCUAUGGAAAAUGCGAAAUUUAGGGUGUUAUAAGAAUGAAAUUCAUGCUGAAGGUUUCAAUAUAAGGAGAAAGGGACCUUUGGAGAAUUUUCUUGGUCACUUCUUGAA